AUGAGAGAAUGUACAACCUGCAUCCGAUAUCGUGGUACUUUUAGUUACCAGAAGCUUGGUACAUUGCCUUCCUUCCGAACAAAACCUUCCAGGCCGUUUUCCAAGUCUGGUGUACAUUAUGCCGGCCCAUAUCUCAUAAGGUCCUCCAAGGGUAGGGGUAAGACUGCGUUGAAGGGUUAUAUUGCUGUGUUCAUUUGCUUGUGCACGAAGGCCGUACACCUCGAAUUGGUGUCCGGUUAUAGUAGUGCCGAUUUCAUUGCUGCUUUUCGUCGGUUUACUUCAAGGCGAGGUCAUUGCACAGAUCUCUAUAGUGAUCAAGGAACGACGUUCAUUGGCGCUGACAAAGAGCUCAAGGAGCUGUAUAAAAAAUCAUCGUCUUUUAUAAAGGACAUCACCAAGAAACUCAGUGAUGAAUCCACGCAAUGGCAUUUUAAUCCACCUGCUGCUCCCCAUUUUGGUGGCAUUUGGGAGGCUGCGGUAAAGUCUACCAAACACCACUUACGUCGUGUUGUGGGAAGUCACACACUUACGUUCGAGGAGUUUUACACUCUUUUAACCCAGCUCGAGGCCUGUUUGAACUCUCGUCCACUUUUGCCGCUGUACGAGGAUUUGUCAGAUAUCCAGUCACUGACUCCUGCUCAUUUUUUGAUACAAUCCGCUUCUUACAUCGUACCUGAACCUUCUCUUUCAGAUGAAAGAAUUCCUCCUAUGCAGCGUUGGAAACAAAUUCAACAGAUGCUUCAAGAUUGGUGGAGACAAUGGUCUCAAGAGUACUUGCAAACUCUUCAAACGCGGUACAAGUGGCAAACUGAACAGUCAGUAAUUCAAGCUGGUGAUCUCGUUCUUUUAACGAAUGAAAAUUGUCCGCCUGCUAAGUGGCCUCUUGCCAAGGUAAUUGAUACUUAUCCUGGGUCCGAUAAACUAGUUAGAGUUGUAAAGAUACGUACUGCUACUACUGAGCUAAUAAGACCUAUAACUAAGCUGGUACUGCUUUGUAAAGAUGCUUGUUAA